AUGGAGGAAACCCGCGGCACUGCUCGGCAGCGGCGCCCCAAGGCCACCGCCGAGGCCGACGCCUCCCUCGAGCUGCUGGGCAUCAAAUCCGACCUUGACCGCAACUCCUUCUCCAACCUCUCCAUGCUGGGGAUGGCCUUUGCCAUUGUCAACACGUGGUGCGCCAUUGGCACGACGGUCAACGCCUCCCUGCCGUCGGGCGGGCCGAGCAGCGCCGUUUGGGGCAUCGUCAUCGCCGGCGGCUUCAACCUGUGCUGCGGCGUCUCGCUCGCCGAGUUCCUCUCGGCCUAUCCCACCGCCGGCGGCCAGUACCACUGGGCGGCCGUGGCGAGCUGGAAGUCGACCCGGCGCGCCGUCAGCUACAUCACCGGCUGGAUCAACCUCGCCGCGUGGGUGUGCCUGGCCGGCGCCAACUGCCUGCUCGUGAGCGGCAUCAUCAUGAGCUACGCCGAGCUCAUGUAUCCCGGCUUUCAGCAGACGCCGUGGCAGCGAUUCCUCCUGUACAUUGCCGUCGACGCCAUUGCCCUCAGCUACAACCUGCUCGCCAACCGCUUCCUGAGCCACCUGAACAAGUACAACAUGUUCUUCACCCUUGCCGGCUUCGUCAUCAGCCUCGUGGCCAUCCUGGCCUGUGCGGCGCCCAACUUUCAGAGCGCCAAGUUUGUCUUUGGCGGAUUCAUCAACGAGUCCGGCUGGCCCGACGGCUGGGCCUGGCAGCUCGGUCUGCUGCAGGGGCAAGUACACCUUGAUCCGGCAUUCUCCGUGACUGCAUACGACUCGACGAUCCACAUGAUCGAGGAGAUGCCGAACCCGACGCGCCAGGGCCCGCGGCUCAUCAUCUACGCCAUCGUCAUGGCCGUCGUCACCGGCUUCGGCUACAUCGCCGCCGUCCUCGCCGUCAUCAGCGAUGUCCCGGCGGCCAUCUCGUCCUCGCAGCCACUCCUCGAGAUCUACUACCAGGCCACGCGGAGCAAGGCCGGCAGCAUCUGCCUCAUGCUCUUCCCGCUCCUCUCCUUUGUCCUAUGCGCCAUCGACGACAUGGCCACCAGCGCGCGCAUAGCCUACGCGCUCGCCCGCGACGGCGGCAUGCCCUUUAACCGCCACUUCGCGCGCGUCAGCCCGACCGUCGGCGCCCCGGUGGCCGGGCUCCUCUGGUGCUUCGCGUGGGACAUUGUCCUCGGGCUGAUAUUUCUCGGCUCGACCAGCGCCUUCAACGCCAUCAUCUCGGCUGCCGUCGUUUGCUUCACCGUCACCUACGCCAUCCCCCCGGGCAUCAACAUGCUGCGCGGGCGGUGCAUGCUCCCCGAGAACCGCAGCUUCAAGCUGCCCAACACGGUGGGGUACUUUUGCAAUGCCGCCAGCGUGGCCUGGACGCUGCUGACGACUGUCCUCUUCGUCUGGCCCCCGACGAGGCCGGUCGAUGCGGUCAACAUGAACUACUGCGUCGUCGCCUUUGGGGUCAUCAUUGUCAUUGCCGGCUCCAACUGGAUUUUGAGCGCGCGAAAGUCGUACCAGCCGCCUGCGCUCGAACUCGUCCAUGGCCACGACACGGCCCUGGUUGAUGUCGACCAAUUGGAGGAUAAAGCUGCAACGGGCGGGAUGGAACAGUCUAGCCAGGAAAAGUUAAAGUAG